UAAUAUUCAGAAAAAGGCUUGAGAUCAGAGAACUUGUUUAACAAAAGUCGGAGGAGACUUUCAUACCGUCAACAUGGUCAAGUGGACAGAUGCCGAGCGCAGCGCAAUCACUUCCCUGUGGGGAAGUAUCGAUGUGGGCGAAAUUGGACCCCAGGCUCUGAGCAGGCUUCUGAUUGUGUAUCCGUGGACUCAGAGGCACUUCUCAUCAUUUGGCAACAUUUCCACCAACGCCGCCAUCCUCGGAAACCCUAAGGUGGCCCAUCACGGUAAGGUAGUGAUGGGUGGGCUGGAAAAUGCUGUGAAGAACAUGGAUGACAUCAAGAAUGCUUACGCCAAGCUGAGCGUGAUGCACUCUGAGAAGCUCCAUGUGGAUCCCGAUAACUUCAGGCUUCUUGCUGAAUGCAUCAGUGUGUGUGUGGCCGCCAAGUUUGGUCCUUCCGUCUUCACCGCUGAUGCCCAGGAGGCCUGGCAGAAGUUCCUGGCUGUGGUCGUCUCUGCCCUGGGCAAGCAGUACCACUGAGGGUCUGCACUUCCACACAGACGUGCAGCAGUCAUACACAGUCCAAAAUGUGUCAUUCUCUGCCUUGUAGCUGCUGCAAAAUCCACCAAAUAAAACUAAAAUUAAAUGCA